AUGGUCAACUUCCGGCUCGCCGCCUGGCUUUCAGUCGCAGUUCUUGUAUUUACGCCAUCCUUGGUAUCAUCCAUGGACAAGCGAACAGGCACGACAGCUAGUCUAUCUGGAGGCCAGAUUGUCAUGGGUGCUGGCACAUACCCUCGCGCCAACCUUUUGCAGGACGGAUCUAUCAUUGGUGCCUAUACUGCGUUUGCAAACAACAACAAGGCCAUCACCGCUGUGCAUUCAACCGAUGGUGGCAAUACCUGGAAUGAAAUUGGUACUGUAGCCCAAGCAGACGCAUCUACUCAUGACCUUGACAAUGCAUACCCUUUACAAUUGCCAUCUGGUCGGAUUCUAAUGGCGAUGCGGAAUCACGACACGACAACUGAUCCUAGUACCGACAAGGCGGCAUAUACCUUCUUUCGUAUCACUAUUUGCUAUUCUGACGAUGGUGGCACGACCUGGUCAUACUUGAGUACACCAGCCUCGGAUCCAGGUCCGGUUAAUGGUAACUGGGAGCCGUUUCUACGUAUGGCUGAAGAUAACAUCACGCUACAACUCUACUACUCUCGUGAGAACUCGGGGCAUGACCAGGACAACCUGAUGCGCACGUCAGCUGAUGGUGGUGGUACCUGGAGCGGCGCUACGGUGAUAUCUGGUGGCAAAACGACUAGCACUCGUGAUGGCAUGCUUGGUGUGACAUUAAUCAGUGGCACUAACCUCAUUGCUGUAUUUGAAACAAUUAAUAUGACUGCUGAACACGGCUUCUUCGGCGUCUACUCAGUUACCAGCUCCGACGAUGGACAGACAUGGGGCAACCGUCAACCCGUGUACGCGCCUAAAGGAUUCAAUGCCCAAGCACCCCAGGUCACCAACGUUGGUGGCACGCUCCUCUGCAGUUUCCAGACCGAUGAAGACCUUUCCGCCCCUGACCUGAGCACCGAGGCCGGAAAGAUCGUGAUCAGUGGCGAUGGCGGCGCAACAUGGGGAAAUAAGUUGACCUUUUCCCCUGCAGUCAGCAAUUGGGGAGGUCUAUUAGCUAUCGAUGAUACUAGCUUCUUUGCUCUAACGGACCAUUCGGGGGCAAAGGUGCAAAAAGUCAUCCUCGCCUGA